AUGGCUGGGAGAUAUGGACUGCCCACAAAUAUUCGCAGUGUCUCCUCAUUGUGCACAAUUGGAGCUCCGAUAGUCCCCGCAUCUAGGCGAUUUUCCGCAGCAUGCUCGCGGAACCAAACAGCAAAGCCGGAAACCAAAGCUGAGAGCGAGGAUGCGAACAAAGAUGAAAAUGGUAGCGCGAUGUCACGUCGACUUGCGCAGAUGACCGAAGAUGCAAUACUGGAGGGUGGGCGGUCAGCGCAUCGCAACAUCGAGCACGCAGGAUUCUCAGAUGAGUUGAAGAAGCAGCUCGAAGAGCGGGUGGCCGCGGCUUCAUUCAAAAGCGAGAAUGCAGCCGCCCACUCAAUAGUCGAUAUGCCUGCUGCAGCUGGACAAGGCACGCGAGAGAAUGCGGCUGCACCUGCGUGGACAGGAACGGAGCGGUUCGAAGAUACAACACUACGCAUGUUAGACGAUGCGAGCAAACCGAUUCGAAUGCCCUACAAAAUUCCGCAGCCCGUCAACCUCCAACCGGCCCCCAAACCUAAGCAUUCCCGGGGACAUCGACUUGCCGAAGCUAAAGAACGAACCUCUGCAUAUAAUCUAAGUCGUGCACCUGGGUUCUCUGACGAACAACGCGAAAAUCUGCGUCGUGAAAUGAGAGAGAAUCUGACCCCAGGUGCGUAUAACAUGCCAGUAUCAAUAUCGGGGCUUUCAUCACUAGCAAAUGAGCGGAUUGAGGAUGCGAUUGCGCGAGGUCAGUUCGACAAGAUUCGCCGGGGCAAGGGUGUCAACACCAAGACGGAUCAUAAUGCAAACAGUGCAUUCAUUGACACAACCGAGUACUUUAUGAACAAGAUCAUCCAAAAACAGGAGAUUGUGCCUCCUUGGAUUGAGAAACAGCAGCAACUUUCUCAGGAACUUAGUCGGUUCCGUGGACGUCUUCGAGCUGACUGGAGAAGACAUGCCGCGAGAUUAAUUGCCAGCCAGGGCGGGUCACUAGACGUGCAGAUGAAGCGCGCAAAGGCGUAUGCAGCAGCAGAGUCUCGACUAGCCGAAAAGGCAAAAUUAGAGGCCGCGUUGAACACAGACCAGCCGGCUCCAGACGCAGAAGAAUCCUCGACGAAUGACCCGAGUGAACAAUCAGAUAGUCUAGCUCACCUUCCUCCAUUACGAGACCCGAGCUACCUUUCUAUCGAACGUUCCUACCACGAGCUCGCAGUGAAGCAAAUCAAUACGCUCGCAAGGUCGUAUAACCUGAUGGCGCCGCCAUCAGCACACAAGCCCUAUAUCAAUCUCGAUCGAGAACUCAAGGCGUGUUAUGCGGAAGUGGCACCUGGGUUGGCGGAGGAGAUCAAACGUCGAGCAACGGAACGUGCGCGUCCUGCUGCGGUUGUCCCACCCGCUUCUGCUUCGAUAGGGUCGUUAAGCACGGCACAAUCUGUACGGGUCCACGAAGAAGACCAAUCGAAAGGCUAUGGCAUGAAACAGCUUUGGCGGGAUUUGUUUUCCAAAUCCUGA